AUGGCUGCCGGGGCGGCUGCAGCUGCAGAGAGGGGCCUACUGCGUCUGCUGCAGCGCCUGGACGAGAAGGCCAAGGAGGAGGCGGAGAAGGAGGAGAAGGAGGAGGAGACGAAGGAGGAAGGGAAAAGAACGGCCGAAAAGGCUGAGAGGGAGUCCGACAGUGAGCUCAGGAGGUACCUUCAGACGGAGCUCUCAGAGCUCAGUGGGGUCUGGUCCAAGAGCUCCGAGAGCUCGCUGGUGCGCAGCCUUGGAGAACACUUGGAGAGGCUGUCCUGUGCAGUUUGUGCUAAGGCUGUUCGAGCUUUUGUGCCUUUGCAAGAUGAGAUAGAGAAACAGAUGGCAGCUCUUACCGAUGCCUUCAAUGCUUGGCUGGCCGAGAAUCUGGAGACGAGCACGGAGCUCGAGCUGUCGGAGGAAGCCUGCCGAAGCAUUUUGGAGCACCUGAAAGCCCUCGAGGCCAUGUCUUACCUCCGGUCCUGCUACCGAUGGGUGGCACAUACCGAGGCAAAAGUCCGGUUCUUGAUGGCGCUCGCCCUGGUGCUAAGAGCCUUGGGCUCGAGCAAAAACAUCGAAGAGACCAGCUUGAGAGAGAUCUCGGACCGGCUCCUCCAGCGCUUCUUCGGCGAGGGUGAGGACUCCUUGGAAGCUUCGAGGCAGCGGUGCUUCGCCUGGCUGGAGGGAAGGCUCGGGCGCUACGACAAACAGUGGCGCGGGACGGCGGAGAAGGCCAAAGCGCUGGGCUUCCAAGGGGAGCUCCGGCGACACCUCGGCCGCGCUCUUGAGAAGGAGCUCAAGGAGAAGGAGAAGCUAGCGCAGCUAGCGGACUCGGCGGAGCACUCCGAGUUUUCCUUUCUGGAGCUUCGGUGCUGGCCAAUGGCCAGCUGUGGCGUGGCCAAAGCUCUCGUCAGCUUCAUAGCCGACUACUCCUUGCAGUCCUGUCCUGAGCAUAGUCUGCAACCGGCAGCGCUGCUCCACGUGCUCAACGAGCUGCUCGACCCGUUUGACGUCGAGGAGUCGCGUGGGCGUCAAGGAGGCGUUCGUCUCAAUGCAACCUGGGAGGCCAUGAAAGCUGAGAGCGAUGCCCCUCCUCCGCCUCCCCCUCCCUCCAAGGAAGCAAAGCCUCCAACCAAGGCCAGGCCUAGUGCAACCUCAAGCACGAAGCCGCCAGCGGAAGCGCCGGCGGAAGCGCAGCCUCCCUCCCCGAAGGCCGCUGCGCCCGCGGCGGCGGACGCGGGCUCGGGUGCAGUGCCAGAGGAUGCGAAAGCACCAGGGCAGGCGCCGCAGGCGCAGGACACGCAGAAGCGGAGCCGCAGCCGGAGCAGCAGUGCGAGCCUGCAACCAAAGCUCUUGAAGGCGAGGAAGAAAGAGCCCAAAGAGCCCAAAGAGCCCAAGGCAUCUAAGGACAAGGGCGAGGCCGGCGAGGCAGAGGAAUCCAAGGAGGCGGAGGCUGAGAAAGAGAAGAGAAGCUCGAGGUCGAGCUCGGAGCCGCCGGAGCCAAAAGCGAAGAAGGCUCCUCCUCCCAAUCACUCGAGCCAUGUGAAUGCUGGGGCCCAGUAUUUUUAUCCCAUGCCCUGGGGACCUCACAUGGUGCCUGGAAUGAUGCCGGGACACCGACCUGGGCUUCCCCUCACCAUGCUGCCGCAGCCUUACCUGAUGCCCGGCAUGCCCAUGCCAAUGGGCAUGGACAAGAAGAAAAAGGAUAAGCACGACAAGCAUGACAGGCGGAAGGAGAAGCACCGAAAGGAAAAGGAGCGAGAAAAGGUGCGGGAUGAAAGCGAAUCGGAGUCCACACGCGAGAGGAAGCGUCGGAAAAAGAAAGAAAAGGCUGCCAAGAAGGAUAAGAAGGAUAAAAGCAAAUGA